AAGCCAACCUACGGGCACUUGGUGCCAUUACAAGAAUCGCUGGGAAGGUGUAUUUGUGGCGCCAGAAAAGUGAUCAAACGAGCGUUUCGGACGCCGUUUUGGGUGGUCUUAUUUGACGAACGUAACAACAGUGAGCCACCGAAAAAUAGUGAACGAAGAAAGUUUCUUACGGAGGAUCGGGAAGAAUCGGUUGAUCAAAAUGCGGCAACGCAUUUGCCAGCGUCCGCGAACAGUGGUGAUCGUAGUGAUCGUGCUUCUCGGAGCCUGCAGCACUAUGGUGCAGAGCAUCUACGAUCCGCGCGCUUCCCCGAAUCGCGCGCAGUUCCUCGUGAUGCCCGAGAUGCACGGUGCCUACAGUCAAGUGCACCACCAUAAGGCACACGAUCCCGUCCCCCUUUACGUUCCCGCAAGUCACUAUCAGUACGCGCAGCCUCAGACGCAGCCGCAGAGCCUUUUACAGCCGUCCCAGAUUCAGCACGGUCCGUCGGCACCGCUCUACCAACCGGGGGUUCCUCUAGCAGCGUUUCCGACAUACGCCCAGGGAUCGCAACCGUACCAAGCGUCACCGGUGGCUACGGGUCCGGUUGCCCCACGAGCCAACUUUGCCGAAGAUGGUCCGGAAAAACGAUUGAUUGGAGAAACGACCGUCCGCAAACCCGUACACAGCCUGUUGAAGGACUUCAAUGGACGCGAGUGUCCGGCGGAUCUGACUGGCCACUUCGUGUACGUCAUGGACUGUCGGCAGUUUCUGAACUGCUGGAAGGGGCGCGGAACCAUCCAGAACUGUGCCCCCGGAACGCUGUUCAAUCCGGACACGCGUCAGUGUGACCAUCCGUCGAAGGUGAACUGUCUUCCGGUGCCUUCGUUGAACAGCAUCGGCGAGCAGGAUCGUCAGCAUCCGGCGCGUACCCCACCGUCCAAUCCGAAGCUAGCGGCCUAUGUCGAUCCAAAUCAAGCAGCGAACAUCGGCCAGCAGCAAGCCGCCCUAGAAUGUCCCCGCGGUGUGGUUGGCUUGCGACCACAUCCGACCGACUGCCGAAAGUUUCUGCAAUGCAACGAUGGCGCACGUUUCGUGCAGGACUGUGCUCCCGGAACGGCAUUCAAUCCUCUGAUGCUGAUUUGUGAUUACAUCCACAACGUCGACUGCGAUAAGCGCGAUAAUAUCGUCAUCGAUUACAACCAACGCCCUUUGGUGUCGGUACCGCUGGCACCGUAUCCUACUCCGGCGCGCAAUCGUCCUCCGCAGCAAGUACCCGCCGCUUCGAACGUGGCGCCCGCCGUCAGUCGUCCGCAAGUGGUGAAUCCUGUAGCGCCACAGGAAGCCAUUCACCCGGAUGUGGAAGAAAUUGACGUUCCGACGGCACCUAGCCCGUCGGUUGACGAACAAGAUGCAGAUUACGGGUUCGACUUUGAUCUACGGUCUAACUUCGAUGACUCGGAAGAGGAUCACCGCCAGCCGAAAGCUUCGCGCACCGACACGCAAACGGCACCGAAACAACCCGAUCCAGUGUAUCCGGUAUACGUACGUCCUCCCACUAAAAUCCCUCAUGCACUACACCGGCAACCGCCGUUAGCUAGCAGCACUACGCCUCGGACUGGUUCUGCGCAGGCCGCGGUAGGCAGCGAGAACAUUAACAUCCAGCAACACCUCGAAGCGCUGAAGCUAAUGUUGACCCCGUAUCAGAAGGAACAUCAGCAGAAGGUGGCACUAAACGUGACCAAACUGAGCACGAUGAUGACGACCACGACGACGGAAGCCCCACCGGUCGUGCAGGUUGUGGGGCUCCCGGUUACCGACCAAACGCCGCCCAAGAACCAAUCCCCUUCUGCCAAUUACUUUGCCGUACCACCGACACCGAGUGAAGUGAACGAUCUUUUGUAUGGUUCUUCGCAAACUGUCCCACUGGCAGCGUGGCCGCUGCCACCACCGUACAUCACUGACCAGCCCACUACGCCGGAAUCGGUUGUCUCUCCGAUCCAACGUCGACCUACUUCCAGCACGACAAUGAAGCCACAACCGACGAUCCGCAGUAGGUUUGGGGACAACCGUCCAAAUCCGUGGCGGCCCAUGAUUAUGCCACACGCAACCACGACAACCACCACGACGACGACAACGCCACGCGAUCCUUGCUACGGAAAGUUUGACUGUGGCAACGGGAUCUGCGUCGAGGAAGCUGAGGUUUGCGAUGGACGCGAUACGUGCGGUAACCGGGCCGACGAGACGGUGUGCGAUCACAUUGGCUAUGAGCUGAAAUUAUCCAAAAAGAUGCAGGGAAGCGUCGAGGUGCGCGUCUACGAUCGUUGGGGUUAUGUCUGUGACGACAGUUUCGACAUCUCGGCGGCCAAUGUCGUGUGCCGCGAGAUGGGUUACGCCGGUGGUGCCAUCGAGGUAAAACCCCAUUCGUACUUUCCACCGAAUGCCACCUAUGGCGGUGAACCCUUCUUCAUGAUGGACGGUGUCCGUUGCCAGGGCAACGAAAGCAGUCUGCGGGAGUGCGAGUUCGCCGGAUGGGGCAUUAGCAACUGCAAUGCGGAAGAAGUGGUCGGUGUUGUGUGCCGGACGCCGGUGAUGGCCUGCCCGGCGGACUACUGGUUGUGCAAAACAUCGGAGGAAUGCAUUCCGGUGGGCUUCCAGUGCGACAAUGUAAACGAUUGUGCCGAUGGUUCCGAUGAGGCACCGGAAUACUGCAAAGCUCCACUGAAGAUGCGGCUGAUGGGAGGGCCAAACGAUCGAGAGGGUCGCGUUGAAAUUAAUUACCACGGAACGUGGGGAACGGUUUGUGAUGAUGAUUUUGGGGUGCACGAGGCACGCGUCAUCUGCCGGCAGCUUGGGUUCAACGGAACGGCUGAGGUGCGCAAAAGCGUGUACCCACCGGGAAUUGGUCAAAUCUGGCUAGAUCAGGUGGCUUGCAACGGAACGGAAAAAUCGAUCGAUGACUGUGUUCACUUUGAGUGGGGCGGGCACAACUGUGACCACACGGAGGAUGUUGGUGUCCGGUGUGGUGUGUACGUUCCGACGAAGGCCCGUUCGGCUCGACUGCGCAACACGCGACCCAAUCCGCGGUUCGAUUUUGAGGAACGAUCGCGCAAAAUCCAUCCCGAUGCCUGCGGCCAGGUGAUGGUUGAUCCGGCGUUACGAAAACCAACGUACGGUGAACGAGUGGUCCAUGGUUCGCAGACGGUUUACGGGCAUCAUCCGUGGCAAGCUUCGCUACGUGUGAAAACAUUUCACUGGUGCGGAGCGGUCCUGAUCACUCGGUAUCACGUCCUAACGGCGGCUCACUGUCUCGCCUGGUACUCGAAGAACGCGUACCGUGUGCGGAUCGGAGACUACCACACGGCGGCUCACGAUUCGGCCGAAAAAGACAUCUUCAUCGAGAAUACGUACAUACACGAGGAGUUCCGCAACGGCGGACACCACAUGAGCAACGACAUUGCGGUCGUUGUGUUGAAAACACCCGUUAGGUUCAACGAAUACGUGCAACCGAUCUGCUUGCCACCGCAGGAUGCGCCUUAUCAACCGGGCCUGAACUGUACCAUCUCCGGUUGGGGUGCUACCGUGGCCGGAUCGAAAGAUUCAUCGUAUGAUUUGCGCGCUGGCACAGUGCCCUUGCUUCCGCAUGAGGUUUGCCGCCGGCCAGAAGUGUACGGUGAUGCGCUGAUCGAUGGAAUGUUCUGCGCCGGCACGCUCGAGUCCGGUGUAGACGCGUGCGACGGUGACUCUGGUGGACCGCUGGUGUGUCCGAACGACAAUGGACUCUACACACUGACCGGUAUCGUGUCGUGGGGCAAACACUGCGGCUUCGCGAACAAACCGGGCGUGUACCUGAAUGUGGCCUUUUACCGCGACUGGAUCGAGGAGAAGCUCAAACAGUCGCUCCACCAGCAUGGAGUUUAGGAAAACCGGAGACCGGAAGCGUAGCGACGGAUAGCUACCAAAGACCAGCCUUUGCGGUUCCUUUGUACUCUGUACCUUAAAUGUUUGACGUGGCAUUUUACUCCCAACAUGUCUCUUAUUUUUGUAGUAAGGCCUAGAAUAAAGCAGUAGUGAAGAACUCUUAA